ACUUUUUUCAUAAAAUCUUGAAUCAAGACCCAAUUUUGACAAACAGAGAGGGUUAUUUCAUCCCUCCAGGCUCCAGCUUUGUAUAUACGGGAAAGUUGGAGCAGCAGCCCAAUUGGCCCAAUACUCCAACCGGCAAUAGUAAUCAGUUGACGGCGGAACGGUUUCAACAGGGGCAGAAGCACCUAACCCACCCAAUAACUGCUCCAUUAUACGGUCAAAGGGCAAAGUUUUUUAGGAAGUCAAAAAAUCAAACGAAGCUUAAUUAAUUUGAAUUCAAAAAUAAAGAAUACGAAUCAACUGACCAAUCCUCCUUCUCCUUUAUUUCUUUUUUGGUUUUAAAAGGUGUUUGAUGGAUAUUAGGAUUCCAACUCCAUUACAACUAGCUGUCCCUCCCACCUGCUUCUUCUUCACUCUUUAGGCCCUUCUAUCGUUCAAUAAACAACAAAUUUUCAAGUUCAUAGGAUAUUUGUUUUUUUUUUUAGAGAAAAAACAACAACCCGGAGUUCUAAAUUCUCCUUUUUUUUUUUCUUUGUUUUACAUUUUUGUUGUUAGUGUGUUAAAUUUGGUCUAAACUUUAAAGUCAAGGGAAAUUAUGGAUUAUUUUGAGCUUUCUGCAAGUUCAUCUUACCAGGAUUACCUUAAGGUUCUUGAAGCUGACGUUCAACAUGCCAAUAUGCUAGCGGCUUCUAUUCCAAGAGCUAAGGGGGGUGCAUGUCUUCAAAUGAAACUGGUUUACAAUCAUUUGGCACCCAUUUUCUUGGUUUUUCUUCAAUGGUUGGAUUGCUCAUGUUCAUGUCUACUUUCAAGUUAUGUAAACCUAUUUCACAUUGUUGUGUAUCAGGUAUGCUCUGAUGGAAGGCCAAGUAUCUCUUCAUGCAGAAGGAAAGCAACCAUAAGGGAAUUCUACUGUGUCAUAUUACCAUCUCUUCAGCGUCUUCAUGGUGAUCUGUCAGAGCUUGAUGUAACACCAGGGGAAGAUCACUGCUUUGAGAUGGUUGUCAGGAAGAAAUUAGACGAUAAGAGGAAAGUUACAGAUAUGGAGUUGGAGAGAGAAGAUGAAUGUGGAAUCUGUCUAGAGCCAUGCAACAAAAUAGUUUUGCCAAAUUGCUGUCAUGCAAUGUGUAUCAAUUGCUAUCGUGAUUGGAGCAUAAGAUCAGAAUCUUGCCCUUUCUGUCGUGGAAGUCUAAAAAGAGUAACUUCUGGGGACUUGUGGGUUCUUACACGCAGUACUGAAGUGGUUGAAACUCAAACCGUGUUAAAGGAGGAUAUGUUGCGCUUACAUUUGUAUAUAAACAGGCUGCCUAAGGAUAUGCCAGAUGCUUUAUUCUUGAUGUAUUAUGAGUAUUUAAUCUAAUCUGAUAGGAGAAAGUUCUGAUGUACAGAGAGAAAAUUGCCAACCACUGGAUGUGCGUAUAUUCUGGUGAGAUUUUCAUGUUGAGAAUUUCAGUUGCAAAACAUGUUUUCAGCAAAAUAAUGUAUAUGAUUAUGGAAGAUCCCCAAUUAUUAAUAUAUUAAUAAACUCUGCGAUAUCCCCCCAUCCUUAAAA